ACAAUCAGCUGUUCAUUCUCAGUUGUUGUAGUAAGACGUGCGUUUAGGUUAUAUUUAGUGCUGUCAAUGUUUGUAUCAAACAAAUCGUUGUUUUACGCAGUAUUCAGUGAACUAGUGAACUAAAAUUAACUAAAGUGAAAGUGUACAAGGACAUUAUUUGUGUGCAUAAUCUAACGUUUCACGUAAUACUUAAAUUGCAAUGUAAAUAUUAUUAAAUCGAUGUGCUGGAUAUCGCUAUAGUCACAACACAAGACAUAGUUACCUUUAUAACCAAAUACUAGACAAAUAUAAAGAUACUAUAAGAAUAGUCAGUGAUAUAAUGAGUGAACAUUUGUGUUGAAAUAAAAAAAAAAUCUAAUAAAAAAGUGGCAAAAAUGAAAAACGCUGAGAAUGGCACCGAUUGGGAGAAGGAAAAGUUGGCUCCUUAUGGCUGGUCCCGGAAUAUCAGCCAGCAGCAGCUGAAUGUGGUCCGGAGAGUGUACCAGCAGGAGACCCUCAACAAGGAUGCUGACUAUAAACUACCUGAGAAAACUGUGGGUGAGCGAGUGAAGAAAGUGGUAAGGAGCUGCGGUUUCGGAGCCUGUCUGAAGAACUCUAUACCAAUAGUGAAAUGGCUGCCCAAGUACAGCUGCAAGAACUACAUGCUGGGCGACCUGAUCGCCGGCGCCACCACCGCCGUCAUGCACAUACCACAGGGCAUGGCCUAUGCGCUCCUGGCUGAAGUGCCCCCCAUAGUGGGUCUGUACAUGGCCUUCUUCCCUGUCCUAAUCUAUGUGAUGCUUGGUACCUCACCCCAUGUGUCCAUGGGUACCUUCGCUGUAGCCUGUCUUAUGGCUGGAAAGGUAGUAACACAGUUUGCGACCCCCGAAGCAGUAAUUGCAAGUGCAACAAACGCCACGACUGUGAUGGGUUUAGGAGCGGAUGAAGAAAUGAUGUAUAGUCCACUACAGGUUGUCAGCGUCGUUUGUCUGUUAGUCGGGAUAUUCCAGGUAAUGAUGUGGACGCUCCGUCUCGGCGCAGUCUCCACGCUGCUCUCAGAGCCCCUGGUCUCAGGGUUCACCACGGCAGCCUCCUUCCACGUACUGGCCUCACAACUAAAGGAUCUCUUCGGAGUGAAACUCGUCAAACUACCUCCUAAUUAUAAAGUUAUUGCUACGUUUAUAGAAGUGUGUAAGAACCUACCGAACCUGAACUGGGCGGCGUUCGUGAUAUCUUUCAUCACGUGCCUCAUCAUCGCACUUAACAAUGAAAGGUUAAAGCCCUGGGUGAGCAAAAGAUCUCGCGUGCCAGUCCCCAUAGAGUUGUUGGCCAUUGUGAUCGGUACGUUAGCUUCGAGGUUCGGACACCUUCGUGAAACCUACGGCAUCAGUCUUGUUGGACACAUACCUACUGGCCUCCCCACGCCAACAGUGCCCCCUCUAGAGCUGAUGCCGGACAUUGCCAUCGACUGCUUUACCAUCACCAUGGUGACAUACACCAUUUCCAUGUCUAUGGCUCUCAUCUUCGCGUCCAAAGACAAAUAUGAAGUUGAUGCUAACCAGGAAUUGUUGGCGCUGGGUGCCAGCAACAUGUUCGCCUCAUUCUUCGGCUGUUCACCAUUCUGCGCCAGUCUGUCGAGGUCCUACAUUCAAUAUCAGGCGGGCAGCAAGACGGGUAUAACGUCGAUAGUGAGCGCGACGCUGAUCCUGUUCGUGCUGCUGUGGAUCGGGCCGUUCUUCGAGCAGCUGCCGCGCUGCGUGCUCGCCUCCAUCAUCGUCGUCUCGCUCAAGGGCAUGUUCAUGCAGAUAUUCGAGCUUAAGAAGUUCUGGGUGCUAAGUAAGCUGGACGCUCUGGUGUGGCUGGUGACGUUCCUGGUCACCUUGUGUAUCAACAUCGAUAUUGGUCUGGGAGCUGGUCUUCUCGCCAGUUUGGGAGCCCUAUUCAUUCGCUCGCAGAACCCUUACACCUGUCUCCUGGGCAAAGUGCUGGACACAGACUUGUACCUCGACAUCAAGAGAUACAGAGCGGCUGAAGAACUCCCCGGCAUCAAAAUCUUCCACUACUGCGGUGGAUUGAACUUCGCCACGAAGAAUUUGUUCAGAAAGAAGUUGUUCGAGAAGAUCGGCUACAUGAAGCCCGCGGAGGUCGCUCAUGAUGAGGACAAUAACCUCACCAAGAGUGAGUCUUACGAGUGGGAUCCUACUCUUAGUAACAGGGUACAAUGUGUGAUAGUAGAUGUAACGGCAUUGUCUUACGUGGACGGACCUGGCAUCAAGAGCCUGGUGGCGGCGCAGAAAGAAUUAGUUUCCAACAAUAUUAAUGUUCUACUCGCAGGAGCUAACGGUCCAGUGUUAGAAAUGAUAGACAGGUACAACUCAAUAGAAACAGACAUACUACAAAUGGAAACGUUCCCAACAGUGCACGACGCAGUGUUAUUCUAUAAAUAUCUAGAAUCUAAGAAACAUGUCACCGUCACCGUAACCACGUGAGCCUUAAAGAACUUCCCUUAGGGAAUAAAGUAGUCAAAAACCAUUGAAAUUGACAUUCAGUAAUUUGACAUUGACAUUUAAUAUAUUUUGACAGUUGACAGAUGUCAGAUUACUGAAUGCAAUGUUCAAUGUUGAAUUAUAGUGAUCAUAGGUUGUAUUAUAGCGAAAAAAAAUAGGUCAAUCAAAACACUAUCCUAUAUUUUUCUUCCUUUUUAUUUUUUAAAUUACCCUGGGAUUUUCUUUAUGAUUUUUCCUUUUAAGUGCUCAUUUUUGUAUACCUAACCUACAGUCUGUAUUUUAAGAAUACGUUAUACGAUCUUAAAGAUCAAGGCAGAAUGUAGAAAUGUUUGAAUUAUUUAAUUUUAUAUCACAGUCUAGAAAAUAUUUGGUAAAAUAUUUCCUAGUGGCUUGUGAAUGAUGCACCAAAAAGGUCGCAAAUCGCAAUCUUUGCCAUUCUGCCAAAACCUUACACACAAAAGCGCCAUUUUGUUUUUACCUCGGUCUUUAUCCUAAAAUACCUAGUUCCUACUAUAAAUCCAUUAAUUAAUUAAUAAGUAAAGUGCAGUAAGAAACAUACAGGGUAAAUGUAAAAAUAAAAUAUAAUGAAUACUAGUAAAUAUUAUACAGUUUACACGCUUAUUAUGGAUCGACUUAAUUAUGUAAUAAUUAUAAACAAUAUUAUCUUAAAAUGUAAUCUGAUUUGGGGCUAUUUAUAUUUAUAGUAGAUGUCAGAUAUGGCCUUUAAAAUCAGUCAUAUAGGGUGACUGGUAAUAAUUAGUGUCGGAUAUUUAAACACGUGAUUGUACCCAUGAUAACAAACCACUUUUCCAAAGAAACUUUUUUACUCAUUAGUUUUAUUUUUAUCACAAUAACAAAACGAGUGUACAAAAAAGUUUAUUUGGGAAAGUUGUUUGUAAUCAUGAGUAAAAUCACGUGUUUAAAUAUCCGACACUAAUUAUUACCAGUCACCCAAUAUGUAUUAAAAUGUAGAAAGGAACCACGAUCAAUAUCGAUUAGAAAUCUUUAUAAACAAAUCAUGUAUAAAAUUACAUUUGAAUUCUCUGUUCGUAAUUUAAUAACAGAGAAUAAUUUAAUGAUUUUGUUAUCGGCUUACUCGCGUAACUGUUUGACAAGGAACUCGAUUAGUUUCAAGCCAUGCUAGAGGCUCAUAUUCAUGAGUAGUAUUCAGCGACAGUCGCCGCGUAGUGUGAAGUGUGAAACUAGCCGAAUCCCUCGUCAAACAGUUACGUGAGUAAGCCGAUAGCAUAAUAAUUAAUUUAGUAUGUCUCACGAAAGUUAUAAUAAAGUGGAAAAGAAUUUACUGUAGUUGUCAGAAUUUCUUCAUUGGGGAAUUCAAAUGUAUAAACAUUAUAAGACCAAUUAACUAGAGCUGCCAAUGGAAAGGACGUUUGUAGUCCCACAAAUUUUUAUCCAAUAAAAAAUUGGUUACCAAUAUAUCGGAAACUAGUACUUAAAGUACUAAUAAAAUUAUUUUACUUGUUGUUUUAAGAGAUGUUUAGGGGCCUGUUUCAUAAUGUCUAAUUAAGUUGUGCUUAGUGUAACUACAACUAUGCACUUUCCACAAAAGUUUCUACCUACCACAGUGUGUGUAUAUAUUACUGAAUCGAUACGAUCUUUAAACCUUAAAAAAAAAACCUACAUCGUCUUUUUUUAGAAAGUCGGCAGAUCUUCUGUCUCUCUGAUGUUUCACUGAUUCCUUUGUCCAUGAGCGGUGCUGAUCGCUUACCAGCAGGCGGAUCACCGUCUGCUCGUUUAGCCCUGAUACCAUAAAAAACUGAUACAUAUUUUUCUUACGGAUUUUUUAUGGGAUCAGCCAGCAAACGAGGAGACCAUUCGUACCACCAGAAAUCCAGAAAUUAGAAAAAGUGUGUUGCUGAUCUUUUGCAUACAGGUUAGAGAUUGGCUCUAUUUUUGCAUCUAGUUUCACUUUGUGAAAGAUAUAUUAAUGUUAAAAACAUUAUAUUUUUAUUAAGUAUGUAUAUCAAAUAAUCAGUCAAUUACACUUAGUUAAACAUUGUGAAUCAGGCCCUUAAUGUAUGAAUAUUGUGUUAUAUAAUCAAAGUGCGCUGUUAUUAUUAUUAUUGUACAAUACCUAGUGUCAUAGAUUUUUACUUAAAAAUCUGUACUUAUGUUAGUAUGAUUAUUUAUUUUUAUCGUCUCGUCGUAAGCUUUUUCUGUGAAGUUUUGGGCGCCAUCGGAUGGAUUGCAUUGUGGCAACCAAACACAGUUGAUACAUAAUAUAUUCGAGCACAUGGAAUUGUGCAGUCUGCCCAGUUAUUUGUUAUUUAAGAACGAAAAUAAAAAGAAUGUGACCAUUGGUUGACUACCAAGCUGACUAAUGGUUGCAACAGAUAUGGCUUCAUUAAAAACCAUAUAGGUAUGUAUAAUAGGGAUGAUGACGGGGUAUGAAAUUUAAACAUACUUUUUUCGAAAUGUCAAUAACGAUAUUUUCUAUGAAAUAGUGCGCUAUAACGUCAUCAAUUUUUUACGUCAAAUAGCAGACUUAGCUCAAAAUUAGCUAGAAAAAUUUGAAAAGUAAGUAAAUUAACAAAUCUAUGAAUGAAAGUGUGAUUCUUUUCGAAUAUUAAAUUUGAUUGUAGGUAUUGAAAAGUCGAAAUAAUUUAUUAUUGACUGAGUAAACUACCCAAUUGUAUGUCUGUAAAAACAUUCACGAGACGAAAAUUUAGAAGACAGAAGAUUAACCUUUCGUGCUGUAUAAGACAACAAUAGAAAAUACAUUGUGUCUCGCGUAGAUCUGCGUUCCGUGUUCAAUAUCGACUGCGCGCAGUUGCUUCUAUGCAGUCCAUCUGAUGAUUCCCUUUAAUGUAAUAAAAAUAUUUAAAUAUGAAUGAAAUAGUAAGUUAUGAAGUAUAUUUUUGUAAUCAUUGCUUAUUUGUAUGUGCCUAGUGAAAUGCAGAUUAUAAUUAUUAUAAUACGUAAUAUUUGUGAAAGCAAUAUCUUAUAGUACUUAAUGUUUUGUAAGAACCAAUCGAAUAUAGGUAAAUGUUAUAUGUUAAACAAUAUAUUAAUGUUAUAUUAAACUUAAAUAAAACACUGCCUUGUUCCUUGUUCA